AUGGACGGCUGGCGAAGCAGCACCGAGGGCCCGUGGCAGCCCGUGUCGGCGGCGAUCCUGGCCGAAAGGGAAGUGGCCCGGAGGAACGAGCUGCGCCGGCGGGGGCUCUGCACGACCGGGUGCCCGGGGCUGGAUGAGCAGGUCCUGCUGGGCGGGCUGGAGAGAGGGUCUGUGGUUGGGGUGAGCGCCGAGGAGGAGACGACGGGGUUAUCGCUGGGCCUCCAGAUCCUCUCCCAGGAACUGUCCUCCCACGCAGCAAGCCACGUCCUCGUCGUGACCCCCCGCCCCGUCGGCCCGCUCCUCCACAUGCUCCGAGACGCCGUCCGGGGCGUCCUGCAUCGGCGGGGCCACCUAGCCCAGCCCGGCGGCGGGCAGCUCAAGCUCAAGACGUGCCUGGACAGGGCCACGCUCUCGUGCGCCUUUGACACGGACGGCCUGCGCGGCGUGCUGUCCGACCUGGACGCGACGGCGACGGCGACGGCGACGGCGACGGCGGGCUCGGAGACAGCAGCGGCAACGCCCGAGAUCCAAGACAGCCAGGACGAGCAGGAUGCGCCGCCGCCGCCGCCGCCGCGCCCGCCGCGCCCGCCGUCCCCGUCCGUCAUCCUCAUCACGCACCUGCCAGCCCUCCUGGGCGGCCUGUUCGCCCAGCGCCCCGGCCCGGCCGCCCUCGACGCGCUAGCCCUCCUCGGCGCGCGCCUGCGCUCCCUGGCGCGCCGUCUGCCGUCGCGCCCGCUCAUCGUGCUGCUCAACUCCACCACCCUGGCCGACUGCGCGCCGGAGCCGCAGCCCCCGCGUCCCGGGGCGACGACGACGACGACGACGCCGCCGCCGCUCGACCCCUCGCUCCGCAGCAUCUUCGACCCGCCCCCGCGCGGGCCGUCGGGCCUGUGUCGUCGCAGCAGGCCCUCGUUCGGGCUGGCGUUUGCCCAGCUCGUCGAGCUGCAUGUCCUGGCGACGCGGGUUCCCAGGACGGCCGUCGACGCGCGGAGGAGCGCGCUGGCGCCCGGGGAGGCGGGCCCGCGGGCCGAGUACGUCACCGUCGUGGAGGUGCUGCUGGACGACAUGGGCGUGUGGCAGGGCCGACGGGGCCCGCGGCCCAGCAGGGAGCAGAGGUGGGCGGCGGUGCGUCUUGACCGGGCCGGAGUCGUGGACGAAUCGUGGGACUAG